CAUUCAGCUGUAAUACUCUAAAGAUAUAUUGGGUUUAUAUUGGUUCUUGGUACUGUGAUCGCCACAAGUGUUCAGCAUUGUGAAAGUUAAAUAAAAUCUGUUGUUUCAUUUUCUUGAUGCCACUUUUUAGAAUUUUCCAUUACAAUAUGUUUUAAGGGAAGGGGUGGGUCAGUAAUGUAAGUAGAUCUAGAUGCUGGGAAAAGGGAUGAUGUGGUGUAGAAAUCUAUGGCCUCACUCCUCUUGUCUCAUUCGCCUAGCGAAGUGGGGUUUUCGAUUGGCUGGCUGGCAAAGCUGUAGUAACACAACGUCCUCGCUUAGCCCUAACCGGAUCUGCGCGAACUGCCUCUCACGCAUUUGACACAUCAGGCCGCUAGUUUGAUCUUGGCACUACACACGGUUCAUACCGCUGCUGGCUGUGCAGAAGUACAUCAAACGACGGCUGCGCAGCUUCGACCGACAAAGCACGUGACAUUUUUUUUUCCUCCUAUAGUAAAAACCGCUUUUGGAUUAAUAGUUCUGUGUGGCAUUUUAGAUGACUUUCUUAUUCUUGACUGAUUUAAUCGUAUUGAUGUAGCCGAGAUCUAGAUCUACCAAAGUUGCAAGAAUUUCAGGAUAUUGUAAUGAUUUCUAGUCUACAUCGGCUCAAGUUUCAUCUACUACUUUGAAUAAGACAUUAAUUAAUUUACAACACACGCUCUGAAGUGUGACUUGAUUCCACUGACACUUUUGUUUUGGGAUAACUGGAGAGAGAGAAAAAAAAGAUCUGGAAAUAUUUCUGAAAUUUGCGCGUUUCUCGGUGCGGUUUGAGUGUGCUGCUAGCAAAUCUGAAUGGUCUUUAGCCGAGGCAGAUACAAACGUCUUUUUGGUGAGGACUGUUGUAGCGACUCAUUCAUUUCACAAGCCAAGUGAAAGUAAAUGAUAUUUGUUGACAUUGUGAUUGUAUGGUUGUUCAAUGGCCGAUCAGUUUGGAUAUCCCUGUAACAUCGAUGCCCCUGGAGCUCCACAAUGCAUCUAUGCCUCUUUUCAGGACAUGGGCAUCAAAGAUGACUUUCAUCAGAAGUCGAUUCUUGUGUGUAUAGACGAACUGUGUGGUCAACAGCCUGAAAACCAAUUAUACUCAUCGUCCCUUCCGCCACCCGGUCAUUGCCCUAAUAUGGAAGCUGCUGCUGGAGAUGAACACAGAUUUGCAGAGUACAACUUCUCCUCCAUGCAGAGAUGUCAUGUAUGUGAUAAGUUUUUAUAUGGUUUGGUCAGACAAGGCCUACAAUGUCGAGAAUGUGGAAUGUGUUGUCAUCGUUUCUGUCAUGCUCAAAGACCAACUGAAUGUGAUGUGCUCAAGCUGGAGAGAUUGAGACGACCUAGUUUUACUAGCAAUUCUGUGUUUGGUUCAGAGUUGACAGAGGAGGUUGAAAAGUCCUGUAUGGAAGCUCCAUGGGUUGUAGUCAAAUGCGUACAGGAAAUUGAGAAAUGGUGCAUGAUGCACAAAUCAGAAGCAUUAAGUAUAUAUCGUAUCUCUGCCAGAACAGAAGAGGUGAAUGAAAUAAAAGCUGCUUUCAAUAUGGGUGAACAAGAUCAGGUGAAUUUAUCAACCCAUGAUGUUCACUCUAUCGCAGGGGCUCUUAAAAAAUACCUGCGAGAACUUCCGAACCCGGUGAUUCCAGUGGAAAUGUAUAGUCAAUUUAUAGAAGCUGCCAAAGAAAUGGGCCAAAUAUCUGGUUCUUCCAAUGUCAAGUCAGUGCUAGAGCUGGUAGAUGAUAUGCCUCCGGCCCACAAGUCAACUCUCACCUACAUCUUUGCCCAUUUUGCCAGACUGUGGAGGUGGCAGUUUGAUUCUGAUGUGGUGGAUGGUAUUGAGAAAGUACUUCAUGUUUUCUGUCAUAUCUUGCUAAGACCACCAUGGGAAAGAAUCAUAGAUAUUGUUGAAAACACUAAACUUCACAUAGAAAUUUUAGAAGAGUUACUGAGAAAUGGCAACUGGGGUGAAUUUAUGCCCCCUAUACCUUCGCCCAACCCUGUUUUACCACCUCGUCCACCCAGAACCAGUGACAUUAUGCCCCUUUCACCACAAACACCAGAACUCAGAGAUGCAGAAUGGUAUUGGGGAGAUAUAUCCAGGGAGGAUGUCAAUGAUAAACUCAAAGAUCAACCUGAUGGAACUUUCCUUGUCCGUGAUGCUUCAACUCCUGGGGAUUACACACUAACACUAAGAAAAGGUGGCAGCAACAAGCUCAUUAAGAUUUACCAUAGAGACGGACGCUAUGGUUUUGUGGAACCGCUGGAAUUCACCUCGGUGGUCAGCCUGAUCAACUGGUACCAGGUGAACUCACUGGCCAUGUACAACAACAUGCUGGACACCAGAUUGAUUUAUCCUGUUAGUCGCAACAUGCAGGACCCUCAAGAUCCUAAUCCUCCUCAUGAUAUUAGUAAAGAAAUAGACAACCUUGUGCGAUUUAAUCGUCAGUACUUGGAGAAGAGGUCUGCUUAUGACAUCUUAUAUGAACAACAUUCUCGCUUGUCCCAAGAGAUGCAGAUGAAGCAUCAAGCAAUGGAUGCUUUUAAAGAAACUCUGAUUGUAUUCCAAGACCAGGUAGAACUGACUAAGAGAUCAAUGAUGGAGAAUUCAGGACAUGAACUUCAGAGAAUGCAAGAAAAUUUGGAACUGUUAAAAACAAGAAUGAUGCGUAUUCAAGAAAGUAAAAAUGCAUUAGAAGUUGAUCUUGACAGACGGUCACAUCGUAAUCGUAUGUUAAUUGGAGAAAUGAACUCAAUGAAACCUGAGAUCAAGCGUUUAAAUAAACAGAGAGAGCAGUGCAAAAAGUGGCUAACAGAUCACGGCAAGACACAAGAUUUCCUGGAUAAUUUGUUGGAAGGAAGGAGAGACAACCAAAGUGACUCAUCUGAGUCUGACCACAUAAUACCCCAUUAUGAUGAUACUAACUGGUUGAUUAACUGCCAAAGGCCCCAAGCCGAGGCCUAUUUAAAUGGCAAGCCUGAUGGUACAUUUCUCAUUCGUCCUAAACCAGAAGAAGGAAAUGUUCAUGUUUUGUCAAUUGUGUGCCGUGGAAGCAUCGGUCACUGUAAGAUUCAUCAUUCUGAAACUGGAUAUGGAUUUGUUGAGCCUUACUUAAUCUUUCCUACUCUCAAAGAACUUGUCCUCCAUUACUAUCACACAUCAUUAGCAGAACAUAACAAUGAUCUGGACAUUUGUCUACUGCAUCCUGUUAGAUCAGCUAUGGGUGUUGCUCCCAGUGAUGUGUAUCUACGUAUGAAUCAGUUGUAGCACUAACUUUGUGUGGGCCCUGACCCCUGUAGUUCAGUCUUUCUGCAGAUAAUGUGGAAGCAACAAGUUGGACACAUACCAGCCUAUUUCAUCAUACAUUAACUUUGGUAAGAAGAAUUAAAUUCUGCUGGUCACAAUUGAUACACUUUUUGUGUUCUGAUAAGGUUGCUUUCUAAAUAACAUGACUUGCUAUGGAACCAUUGAUAAACAGAAGUGGUGUGUUAGAGGUUUUGUUGUACAAACUGUCAUCAUCCAUACUGAUUGCUAAACUUCAGACAACAAUAAUGGAGAGAUUAUCUCGACACAUCUGUUCCUGACACAGAGUAUGUUGCCUUUGUAUGGCUGAUGACUGCACACACAUUCACUUGGUGUAAAGACUCCAGAAGUGUUUGCCUCUGGAAAGUGUUUUUGUUCUGAAACCUCACACAUGAACACUUGUGUGUUACUUUAGAAUAAGACAAUAUGUGUCCUCCUGUAUUACAAAAGGAUGUUUGGAGACACUGUAUCUUUCAGAUGAGAAUGCAGUGAUAUUUCUAUCUCCCUAUAAACUGAACUAAACUUUCAGCCGGUGAUGGAUAACUGUCUACUAAACUGAAAAGAAUGCUUGGAUUUACUGGAAUAAAAGCACAAAUUGAUACUUGGAUGUACCAACUGUUUAAUUGCUAAUGAACAGGAGUAAUAGUGAUUUAGCCUUUUUAGAAGAAAUUUGAUUUCAAUGUACUGUUAAAAAAACUACAGCUUUAAGUUAGCAAUAUUUAUUUUAGUUUCACUUAGCUACUUUGUUUAUGGUAUGUUUUAAUAACAAAUAAGUUUUCAUUCUCUAGGUUUUCUGUGUUGCUAUUUCUAAAUCUUGCAUGAAUCAUGAAGACAAUAGGUUAACUCUAGGCUACAUGUUCCUGUGAGAUAUAUCAUGAGGACAAUAUGUAAACUCUAGGCUAUAUGUUCCUGUGAGAUAUUUCUUUUUUUAAAAUGAGAUUUAACUAAAAAAAUAAAUUGAAUUGCUGCAAGCUAAAGUAUGUAUUAUUUUUUGUUCCUUUAUUUCAGGAAUUAAAAUUUUUCUGUUAUUAAUUUUUUUUAAUGUAACCAUAAAGUUGUUAAAAUAUUGAACAAAAAUAACCAAAAAAAAAAAAGUAAAAUAAAAACACCAGACAAUGUAUCGAUUUUAUUUAUUUGUGUAUCAUAUUGGUUUAACAUAAUCACUGAUAUAAUAGUUUUUUUUAAGACAAUGUAUCAUUACAACAAAGAAUGUAGUUUUUCCUAUUGUUUAGUUGUAUGUGUUAGUUACUCAAGUAUUGAUCACAAAGAGCCUCAGAUUAUAGGAGGGAAAAGUUUGUUAGCAUUGUGCAACUCAUCAACUACCCAUAUUUUUACAUUCUCACAGCUGGCCUGUGUUUUGAAACAAACAAACACAAAGUACUUAUGGCAGUUGAUUUUUAAAGAUGCUAACACAUUCAGUAUUAAAUAAAGGCAGUGACAAGUAGCAUUUUAAUGUAGAUAUUUCAAGUUAAUACACAAAAUAUGUUAGAAGUGGUUACCUAGAUAGAUAUGUAGUUGUACUACUUAGUUUGUCUUUCUUUGUCUCCCAUAGACAGUCAUUGUUUAUAACAUGUGUUUAAAAAAAAAAAAAACAGCAGUCACAAUUGCAUUGUAAUUAAAUUGUCUCGCUUAAAGUGUCUUUGUGUAUUUAAAACCAACACAUUACUUUAUUUCUGUAAGUUUUUCUAAAACUCACUUAGUCAACAUUAUUGUUUUUUCCCCUAAAAAUAAAACAUUCUUAACAUUUUAGUUUUAGCUGAAAACAGAGGGUUGUCUUAUGAAUCAGUUGUUUUUCAUUUGAAAAAGUAAAAGACUAAUCAUUAUUGUGCCUUGUUUGUGAAGAUGCUUGUCUAAGCUCCUACAGUACUGAUUAAAAUGGCAAACUGUAUAUCUUCAUUAGCCACACUGCUGUGUUGUGUUACAUGCCAUUGUUGGUUGACCUCUGGUAAACAUGCUUUUGAUCUGUUUUUAAACAUUUAGUCUAGUUCAUCCCAUUAUUUCUCUCUAUAUAUUUACUAAGUUUGACUGCUGCUAUUCUGAAUAAUAUAUCAAGAUUUCCUCAAUCAUAAGAUUUCAUCAUUUUCAGUUUCUGACCAUUAGAGAAAACCUCCUUGCACACCACAUAUUCAUUUUGUUAGCAACCACAUUAAUGCAUGGUAUACUCAAAACCACUUAUUUAGCUAAAGGUCUACAAGAGUUUAUAUUUUAUAUCACAGCUCUACAAAUUUAACAGUUCAUUCUGUACAGAAAGAUUAGCUUUUAUUACAGCUUCAUUCUAGACAGGUUAUAAUUGAUCAUUGAUUCUUAUAAAUGAUUAUAGAUGUUGCAAACACAAAAUGCCAGAAAAAGACUUUACUUUAGAAAUCUGGUUUUAUUUUAUUGUUGAUCAGACUCAAGGAAUGUUGGCGCCUUUUCUUAAUAUUGAGUGUUGUUCCUUUGUGCAUGUAAGAAUAAAGGUUCUCAUGUUGCGGUGCAAUUAGGCAGAUUCUGGCUCACUUUAGAGCCUACCAUGUUUAUGUUCGGAGUGUUUUCUGUUCUUGUUGCAUGUUGGUGAAUAUCUUGUUGUAACUAAUGAGGUGAACUUCUCUACGGGUGUGAAAAUAGUUUUUUUGGUACUAUGUAAUAAUGGAGAGGUGGGCAAUGUUUUUUUUUAUUUUGCUUGAUAGCUGACUGUUGAUUGUAUGAGUGUCUUUGUGACCAUUUUUCUUUCAACAUUUCUAAACGUCCAGUUGGUUUGUAUAUUUGUAAUGUAUAAUUUCCUAUAUUUCCACAAACGGCUGCUAAAUGGCUGAGAUGGCCAUAGGUAGAAGUACCAUAUGAACAUGCUGUCACAGUGCUGUAAAAGGCUUUGAAUACUUUGUUCUUAUUAGAGAAAAAAAAAUUAUUUAGAUCAAACAGUGCCAUAUUGAUAAAAAAAUAAUGUGCAAUUUGUUGUUUUUAUUAUUACUUCUGAAAACUGGAACUUUUUGCUUUGUUUUAUAAGUAUGGUUCUCCUUGCCAAUCUGUUAACAUGAUUUGUAGGCACAAUGGAUUGAAAUAGUGUCAAUACUUAAGCAUUUUCUUUUGCCAGCCAUUAAAUUUAUUUCAUUUCAAGGCUCCUGUAGAUCAAGCAUUUCCAAACUAGUAACACAGGUGUUAGCCUUUGCAUUUUGAAAAAUAGUCUUAUAGAAAAUAUGCCUACUUAGUGUAUUGAAAGAGUUUAUAUUGUUCUUAGUGUUGAAGUGACAAACUGCCAAUGAAUAUUUAUGUGUGCUGGCAUACUUAAGAAAACUCUAUGCUUUCUUGUUAAUGAAAUAAUGAAUGUUGUGUAAAGAAAAAAUUGUUUUUAAUUAAUGACUCUGUUAUGAUGUUAAUAUUUUGGUACUGGCCAAGUGAAAGCCUUAAAAUCAAUCUUUCUACAUGGACCAAAUUAAGGGAGAUGAACAAACAGUCCAACUUUGUGUGUGUGUAAGCAUGUGUUGUUUUUAGCUUCUUGUUUGAAGUCUUCAUCUUAUGAUCAAUGUAAAUACUAUACAUACACCAAUCUCUUGGCAUGAAUGUCUGAAUAUUGGCCUGUACACUGUAAGUGUUGUCAUUUGGACUUGUUCCCCACCCCAUCAGUUUUGUAAUACUUGUUUAUGGGUAUGUCACUGGCAUACAUUUGAUAGAGAAUAUUCUUACUCUAAAAAUUAUUGUGCUGAGAAAUAGACAAAAUAAACAUUAUCUUUUCUUUGAAA